GCAGUGAAGAAACUCUGACCAGUUGCUUGAAGCCACGGACAUCAUCCAGGACAGAGACUUUUGCCUUUGAACUGAACUGUUGCCUGCCGGUCUCCUUCACUUCUCCCCAAAAAGACUCUGUUUCCCAAAGGAAUCCUCAACUCCAUCGUUCUCUAACAGCGAUCAGCUCACUGAAUUCUGUGUUGUGUAACUGUUGUUGUGUGUCUCCUUUAUCAACUGAAAAAUGUCACCGAGAAUGUUGUUUUGUUGUGCUGUUAUCCUGUGUCACCUGGUUAUUGUUACUGAUACUCUGUAUGACAGCCAUCAUGAUGUGCACAAGGACAACACUUUUCUGAAGACGGCUCAUGGGUUAGCCCAGGCCAAGCGUAAGCAUUCGUGUUGGGUAUGCGGGUUAAUGCCAUCUGCCUCUGAAGUGUAUCCUUACAUAGCCAUCCCCUUUACCAUCCCAGAGUAUGUAGCAGCCUUUAACAGUACUACAAAUGGUUCCCCUGAUGACAUCUUUCCCAAUCCUCCAUGGGCCAGAGGGCCCCCUACUAAGCUUAAAUUGAGUUAUGCCCCACGUGGUGUGGUCUGUUGGGUGGCCGACAAGAGUGGACGGUCGGUGGUAGGUCAGAGCAUCUGCCCAUAUGAAGUUCAGGUUGGACAGACUGAGGUUUCCAUUGAACAGUCAGGUGAAGUGGUCCUUAUUCCCCUUCCCCCGAUGAUGCGUGUUCCAGGUGGGACGCCAGGAAGCACGGUCGUCACUAAUGCACUAGCCCCUGUACGUGGUUCCAUGUUUGUGUGUGGACAGUAUGCAUAUUCCUAUCUUCCCCCUAAUUGGCAAGGCUCUUGUUAUUUAUCUUAUGUUGUUCCAGCUGUGAGGAUUGUGGGGAGGGAACAUUUGGUGGGUGAGUCAACAUCCAUACACCCUAGGACUAAGCGUGACGCUUUUGGGGGUCACAGUACUGUUGCAACCCCGACACAGAGAUUCUUUGCCGCUUUAAUUCCAGCUUAUGGCCUAACUGUGGCGCUUGAUGAGAUUAGAGAUCUGGUACACAUUGUUGAUGUAGUAGCUAAUGACACUGCACGUGCUCUUUCAGACAUUAACCGAGAACUGUAUGCAGUAAGACAGGUUGCCCUUCAGAAUAGACUCUGCCUGGACGUGGUUUUGGCCAGUAAGGGAGGUGCUUGUGCUCUGAUUGGACAGGAAUGCUGUACUUAUGUGCCUGACUCGACCGGUAAUGUCUCCAAUUACAUCAAAGAUAUUUACGCCCACGUGCAGCAGCUUAAGCGGGAUAAUGGUAGCUGGUCCCUGGGAGGUUGGUUGAGUAGCUGGGGUGGGCCCCUGUUUGCUCAGAUUGUCCAGUUCAUUAUGCCCCUGCUCAUUCCCAUCUUUGUCAUCUACUUAGCAAUCCAAGUGGUGUUGUGUAUCAUUAAGCGUGCCACCACUACCAAUCCAAGAUUGGCCCCUGUUAGAGUACCUCCUGCCCAGCCUCGGGAUGAACCGAGGAUGUGGGUUUGAUUCCUUUCCUUUUUUAAUUUUUUUAUGUGUGAGACAAUCCUCCGGAACGAAAUCAGUUAUUAUGUUUUUCUUUUAAGACACCGGCACUUCCUCCUUUUCGAAGUGCUAGAGAAGUAAUCUUGUCUUGGUUUGUCCUCUGUUCUUUAGACCACAUCAGACUCCUUUUAUUUGUUUUGUAUGAUCUAUAAAAAUCUGUGUUUUUUAAUUGAUCAAGAGGGGGGACUGUAGAAAUCUGGGGUAUUUCUGUAUGUAUUCUGAUGUGUUCAUCUGUGUUACUUUUGUGUUACUUUUUGUGUGUAGUAGAGACGUGGAGAGGUACAUGCCAUUGUUUGUGUCUGCACAUAGGAUUUACCAUCAACAGGUCAGACUGCCAUGUUCCUGGCCGUAGUCAUAGCAUGGGCAGAAUGAGAUAUCACCUUGUUAUUCUGUUUUCAGGGCUAGUACUUUUCCUAUUAUUUUUGAGCUAUGGCUGGUACCUUCCACGUUGGCAUGAUUUACGUUGACAUGAUUUUAGUAUAACAGGCUUUGUCUCAGGUUUGGACUUCGAGACGGAUCGAGGAAGCGACUCGGGGAGCAUCUUAUGCCAAGACGCUCAGCAGCAGCCCGCUUCUACUAACUACCACACCUGUUAGACUCUGUGCAGUUUUACUGUUUGAGACUUAGCCUGUGCUCGGUUAGUGAGUGUUGUACCAUCUACAAUAAAUUAUU